UUCAUUACUAUGCAGAAGCAAGGCGGUGGCAAAAACAGGCAAAGUCCGAUUUGCAUAAUAGUGCGAUAUCCCUCCAGAAAGCACCGAGUAAUUCGUACAACUGGGUUUGCUAUAUGGCGCAUCAGGCUGCCGAAAAAUCCUUAAAAGCGGCUUGGUAUUCAAAGGAUGCUAACAAGAUAUAUACAGUCAGAUACAGUCAUAAUUUAAAUCAUCUUGCUUCUGAUUUGGGAUCUGACAUAGACACUCUGGCUGGUAAGUUAGUACGUUUAACAGGCGAACAUACAAAAAUGAGAUACCCGGAUGCUGUCCAUGGACAAGAAAUCCCAGAAGAAGUUUUUGACAGACAAACGGCUGAAUCAGUGUUGUCAUUCGCUGAACAAAUCAUAGAUAUUGUCGAGAUCAGAUUUAUAAAAUGAACAGAGAUUGGGCGUGGAACAAAACAAUUAAAAAACAGUUGGUGACAACUAAUCCGCAAGCCAUAUGUGUAUAAAAAUAUCCAGAUAAAAACUAGUAAAACAAAAUUUCUAUUAAAAUGACGAUAGUCAUGAAAAUAAAAUGUAGAAGAGAGAUACUGUUAGUUUGUACAUGUGAAAUUAAGAAUGCUAUAGUAUUAUUAUUAACUUUUCAUUGUUAUGUAGUUCUUAUCUAGGAUCAUUACUCAAUGAAAACUCAUGUACAUACUUGACUCAUGUUCAUGGAAUAUGCUAAGUAAACGUCUUUUUUCUGAAAUAAUUCAAUUAAAUUUAACAUGAUAGAUUUGUUUUCUCAUUGUGUUCCAUAGCAGAUGGAACCUGUAAGGAAAAAUUUUACGUGUAUAAAUGAUAGGUUUCUUGAGUAUGUAUGUGAUUUGUUAAUCUCCACUUGAUGGACAAAAGAAAGUCGCUGGCUGUGAGAGGAUAAAUACGCAGACGACAUGCAGAGUGACUAAACAGAAGAGAGGCAUAAAUAGGAUGAACUUGACUUGUAAUUGUUUGAAAACAACUUUGAACUGCUUUUCAUAGUUCACAAUCUAUAUAGUAUAUUUGUGUACAAUUUAAAUAUAUUCAGUACAUUGCAUGUGCGUAUAUUUUGUCAGCUAUUUGUGGGUAUCAUCGAAUGCUAGUUCCUGUUUACUUCACAAUAUACUUUAUAUAACAUCAUAAGCGGAUAUUGAACAUUUUAACAAUAGAAGUGAGUAUUUAUAGAAGAUCAGUUGUAGGUUGUUGUACAUUGUCAGUUGUUUUACAUUGAAAUUUAUAUUUUGUAUAUUUUGAUUUUCGUGUGUAUAUUUUUUCUAUUUGAAUUGAUGUCCAUGCCUUUUUUCAUGUUUGCAUUGACAUUUGUAUAUUUUUACAUUUGAGUGUUGAUA